AUGUCACGUUAUGGAUUUUCAAAAAUAGAAAGAGAUGUUAAAAAGGCUAUACCAAAUCCUAAAUCACCAACCCCACAAACUUCAACUGAAUUACCAUCAUCUCCAUUAUCUCAAUUUGUUUUAGAUUAUGUUAAACAAAAAUUACCAAAUAAAGUAUUAAAUCAUUCUUUAAGAGUUUAUUUAUAUUCUCAAGCUAUUAUAAAUGAUCAAUUUUCAAAUUGGGACCUUGAUCCAGAAGUAAUCUUUGUAACAAGUCUUUUACAUGAUAUUGGAACAACUGAUGAAAAUAUGACUGCAACAAAAAUGUCAUUUGAAUUUUGGGGUGGUAUAUUAUCUCGUGAUUUAAUAUUAGAAGAAACUAAAAAUCAAGAAUAUGCAGAUGCUGUUAGUGAAGCAAUCAUAAGACAUCAAGAUUUAGGUGAAACUGGUUAUAUUACAACUCUUGGUUUAAUUUUACAAAUUGCUACUAUUUUAGAUAAUGUUGGUUUAAAUACUCAUUUAAUUCAUGAAGAUACUUUAAAUGCUGUAAAUAAACAAUAUUCAAGAGAUGGUUGGUUAAAUUGUUUUGCAGGUGCUAUUGAUAAUGAAAAUAAAUUAAAACCAUGGGGUCAUACAAGUUCUUUAGGUGUAAAUGAUUUUAAAAAUGAUGUUUUAAAUAAUAAAACUAAAUAUGAAAAAUUAUAA